AUGGCUCUCACAGCAGCUGAAAAACAGCGACGCUAUAGAGAAAAACGUAAACUAAAUCCAGAAAAGGUUGCAGAAGCAAAGAGAAAGGAUUUAGAGCGCUAUCAUGCAAAGAAACGCUUGGUAAAAGAUAUGACUCCACGCGAGCAUCGAGUGUCUAAAAAAAAGUGGCGAGUUGCGAAUGCCAAAAGAAGAGAUCGCCAAAGAGCGCUGCGAAUAAUUAUGCAUACGCCAGAAUCAACACCUGGAGUUGAGACACCACCACCUUCAGAUAUGAUUUCACGUAAUUUUUCCCCAAGAUUUGUCACGGCUCGUCGACUAUCUACUCCUCAGCCACCGACUCCAAGAUACGGUAGUGCAAGUCCUAACAUAUCUGCAAAAGCUCGAGGUCGAAAAAAAGUAAAAAGAGACAGAUCGAAACUAUUAAGAGAAAAUCUAAAAUUCAAGGAAGAAUUACAGAAAAUGAAAAAAAAGUAUGAAAAGUACAAAAAAAGAUACAAUAGAGCCGUGAAAAAAGAACUUACAAUCAGCAACCCCAAUGAUAGUUAUGAUGUCUUAUCAAAUGCUAUUAAAGAGCGGUAUAAGAAAAUGAAAAGUUUAAAGGAGAGACGCAUUAUACAUAAUAUAUUUAAAGAAGAUAGUAUAACGAAAUCAAGAAAGAAAGUGCAAAUAAUCAAAGACUGCUUAGAUAUUAAUCAGGGUUACUUUAGAAAGCAUACACCAAAGCAAAGAACAAACAUCCUUAAAUUCAAAUUACACGAAUUUUUCAACCGAGAUGACGUAUCUAGGGCCACAGCAGGUAAAAAGGAAACAGUAACUUUCAAAAAGUCCAAAAUGCAAAAACGCUAUCUGCUCGACAAUAUGAAGAAUCUAUUUUAUUCGUUCAAGCGAGAAAAUCCCGAACAAAAAUGUUGUUAUAGUAGUUUCACUUUAAACAGACCAUUUUAUGUAAAACCUCCAUCUGUUGAUGCAAGGGAAACAUGUUUAUGCCGGCUACACACUAACAUAUCGUACCUUUCUGCUGCUCUUUUUAGAAACAAAAUAAUUCCUACAUCUGAUUUGAACACGAUUAUUCAACAAGAAGUUUGCGAUGUGGAUUCAUUGGCAUGCAUGUCAGGAAACUGCUUCAACUGUCAACAGACUAAACUGAAGUAUGAUACAACAAAGAACGACCUCCUAGUGAGCUAUCCUCAGUGGGUAAGAAAAACGGAGAUUGUAGAAAAGUCUGGAAAGAAAAUGAAAGUUACGAAAAAUAUUAAAGAAGAGGUGAAAAGUAAAGUAGAGAAUUUGAUAGAUGCAUUUGAAGAGACUCUCAAAAAUUUCAAAAGACACGUAUAUAACAUAAAAACUCAAUAUAAAAACUACCGAGCGUGUAUAGAUAGACUGACCGAAGAGGAAAUAGCCCUACAUGUAGAUUUCAGUGAGAAUUACAAUUGCAAGUUACAUGAAGAGAUACAAUCACAUCACUUUGGUAGUUCGCGUAACCAAGUAUCCUUACAUACUGGUGUAUUGUACAAUCGAAGCUCACAAAAUCAAAACUUAGAAGUGGAGUCUUUUUGCACAGUAUCGAGCAACCUAUCUCACGGUCCUCCGGCAAUCUGGAGUCACCUUCACCCCAUACUUACCUCAAUUCAAGACCGAUUUCCUAAAAUUCUGAAAGACAGUAGUAAAGUGAAAAUGUACCUUAUAACUGAUAAAGACAUUGAAAAAAUUGCGAGAGAAGUUCCAGCACAAAUAGUGCCUUUGUAUGGUACAAUGAAGGUACAUCAAGUGUUUACAGAAGAAGUGGGAACUCUGAAGUAUCGAGAAUUAAGCUGUUUUUGCCAACGUGGUUUCUGCUCCUGUAUGUGCCCGAAAAAUUAUUCUCCAUUAAAGGAUACGGUCGAAGAAUCUGAAGACAGCAAUUCCGCAACUUUAGCGGAUAUAACUAAUUUUAUUGAACAUAAAAGAAAAUCUAUAUAUAAUGUUAUAUACAAUUCAAGCUCGGAAUCCGGUGACAAUAUUCCAUUAACCGAAUUAAAAAAUAGAUCAUUUGAUCAACCCGGCCUGUCAAAAGAAAAAAAAGACAACAACGACUUAAUUGAGAAGGAAAAUAUUCAUCCAAGUAAAGUCAAAGCAGGUGUUUACAUUUUAGUUAAAAUUUGCAGUUCUAAAAAUGAAUACAUUUAUCUUGGCAAAGCAUUAAGCGAAGUAGACGAUGACGGCGAAGUAAAAAUAGUGUACUUGAAGUCUGUUGAUGAUACUGCAAAGAUAUUCAAAUUAAUUGAAAAUGAUGUAUCAUAUGAACAAUAUGAGAGUCUACUAAAAAUUGUUUCCGAACCUCAAAAAGGCAAAAGCGCAAGUUGGCAAUAUGUCACUUUAUUUCUUAAGGUAUCCUCCACCCACUCACCAAUUUUCAUGAAAAUCGAUGGAGAUUCAACGAAAUCGGAGGUGAAAACCUUCAUGGACUGGACUAAUUACUCAAGUAAAAAUGAUACACACAUCAAGAUAUGGCUAAUAAACCCCAUGGACAUUCCGAACCUCCCCCAGCAGGUGCAGGAGGUCCUGGGUUGCAAGGCAGCACCACUUCUAAACCGGCGGGACCCAGAAGUGGCGGCCAACGCCGACGCCACGCGGCUGUAUCUCAUGAACCGUGAUAGAUAA